UCAAUCAGUGGUACUGACUGGCGGACUGUGUUUCAGGGUCACGCUGUGGGCCUGGUGAAGAACUUGGCCCUCAUGGCCUACAUCUCUGUGGGCUCCCAGCCGUCCCCGAUCCUGGAGUUUCUGGAGGAGUGGAGUAUGGAGAACCUGGAGGAGAUCUCACCUGCUGCCAUCGCAGAUGCCACGAAGAUCUUUGUGAACGGCUGCUGGGUUGGAAUCCACAAAGAUCCCGAACAGCUGAUGAACACUCUGAGGAAACUCCGCAGACAGAUGGACAUCAUCGUGUCCGAGGUGUCCAUGAUCAGAGACAUCAGAGAACGAGAGAUCAGAAUCUACACGGACGCUGGACGGAUCUGCAGGCCGCUGCUGAUCGUCGAGAAACAGAAACUGCUGCUGAAGAGACGACACAUCGACCAGCUGAAGGAGAGAGAGUACAACAACUACAGGUGAGACAGAGGACAGGUAAGCAACAA